CCGCGUUAGAUUGACUGCGUCGUGUCGAGUGUUUGAAAUUCCUCUCGUAAAAAGCUACAAUUAGACUAAAGCAAAACAAAAGAAGAAAAAAAAAAAACGAGUAGUGCCCUGGGGGAAGGUAUAAAAGUGCAGAAUAUCAACGUGAAGUAACUGCAACGGGCAAAUUUCCAUCGAUAUAGUGGUAUUGUUGCCUUCUAAAUUAUCAUUCUUGCAGGAAAUGGUUGAUGUGAAAUGGGCAUUGGUGGUGGCGGUGGCGGUGGUGAUGAUGGUACAGGUGGCAGGAUUAACGGAAUAUUGUACUUAUCAAGAUGAUGUUUCCAACCCACCAUCAAAGCCUGACGUGGCCCUGCAAUACACCGCCAAGACAGAAUAUGUGCAGGAUGCGACGGGAAUUGGCGGGGUGAACAUCACUCUAGUUUUGUAUGAUGAGUGGGUCUAUGAUGCUCCGAGGAACCGAAUUGCUCUUCGCAGGUAUAACAAACAUGCCAAGAAACUUCACCUCAUGGACUGGAACACCAAACAGAUGCUUAUCAUGAAGGCGUCAAAGGAAGCGGGCAGAUUUGAGGACUGCAUUGUGAAUCCCAUAAGCGAAGCCUUGGUGUACUUCCCUGCGAUCUACGGGACUGGUGCUGAACUGUCCCCUGCGCACAUUCCUGACCCCGGCGUGCCUCUGGGUAUCUUCAACUGGACCAUCGCAAAGUACAAAGGGAACUACGGCAGGCGCUCCAUUUCAAGUUACCGUUGGGAGUGGUGCGGACUGACGGAAUACGAGGCAGAGAUGGGCACAGAUAAGAUAUCCAUGGCUACUUUCUGGAGUGUUCCCGGAUGGAAGCUACCCAUACCCACUCAUGAGAACCUGUCAGUGCCCCUGGGUUGGGAGAUAAUCAAGUGGGGCAAGGACGUUAAUGACUUCCAUUCCACAACAAGCACCAAUAUUAUGUCUUUCGAGCCGGAUCUUGUUGACGAGUCGGCCUUCUUGAUCCCCGAUGAUGUGUACUGUCCCUACAUGAUACCCAAAGCAGACCACUCGUUCCCAGACCACUCCGACCAACACUUCUUUUCCUUCAGCCUGGAAUUCAGAGAGAUGGACUCCAAAACCUUCAACUGGGCUGACGCUUGGUAUGACUUCUCCAAGAAACUGUACCGUGUGGAUCAUGAUGUGGCUCUACCAGAUGGCAGCACCCGCGCCUCCACGGCAAGCACCAACACCACCACCACCACCAUGCUACUAGAUUACAACGACGGCGUGGCUUUCGAGCUUGCACCAGGAUCUUCUGAGGAGUGUCAUGUCUACUUGAUAAGCGGAGCCCCUGAUGACUGGUCUGAUCUGACGGGCUUGACUCAUCUCUGGGGCGAUACUCCAAACGCCUUCUUCGGGACUGACCUCACCAACUACUCUUACUACGGCCCGGGGGUGGACCGCUUCAUGGAGACCGAUGGCUGGCGGGGACUGAGAUCAGACUGGCCGCCCAAUGCAGUGGAGACUAACCACAGUGGCAUGUUGUGGCAAUGGGACUUCACUAACAAAAAUGUCACUGUUAUAACAGAUUUCGGAAACCACAUUUUUGUAGAGAAAGCAGUGCCUGUCGGAGUGCGCAUCACCGCCCAGAAGGCAAUCAACACGACGGAGGGAGUAAUACCAAAGGGCUACUCCAUCAUGUACUCCUUGUAUGACUUCGAGGUCUCGCCUGUGGGUAAGAGUGUGGAGUUCGAUGGUGUGAGGACCUUCGAUGCUUACCAGUGUUUCUCCGCCAAUUGGAGAGACAACCUAAGAUUCAAACUGGACGUGUCCUCAUGGCCUGAGGUGAUUAACAAGACCCUGCUCACCUCCGUCUACCUUAAUGAGUACUGGCAGGUCACCUUGGCGAACCAUGGAAAGGUGUCACCGUUCAGGAUUACUCGGGUACAGACUAUUGUCGAGGAAACAAGCGAAGUAUGGGUGGAAUUUACCUUGCUGUACCGUCAUUGGCAAAUCGGCCAGCUCAACUCAACAAUCUUCAGAAACAUGACGACUGGAGCAAAGGCGAGGACUUAUCUGACGUCAGCGGUGAACAACGGUGACAUCCAGUACGUGGGAGAAAAACCGAAUGAAGCGCUCUUCGAGCUCAAGGCAGUACCUGGUUCACUCACUGUAGUUGCUGAGCCGAACUGCACCACCACCACCAGCACCAGCACCAGCACCAGCACCACUAGCACCACCACAACCACCGUCGCCACUGCCUCUACGCCCACUACCAAGCCUGGCCACACGACGACCCCGCACCACAAAACCACACCCACAACAACCCCUGCAAAUGUUGAGACGACUACUACACCGGGAGGAGACGGUGGUGGUGGUGGUGGACAGACGCUGUACACUCCAGGAGAUCUCGCAGGGCUUGGAAUCGGCAUGUUACUGAUGGGGUUUGCCUUCGGCGCCGGCGGCACCUUCCUAGUGGUGGUGAAGGGCGUGCACCACACCAUCCUAGGCCUGUGCUCCAAGGAAUGAGAGCUGCUGGUGAAAGGCCUGUGCACGGGGCAGUGAGAGGCGGGUAGGAAGGGACCAGAAAGUUAAUUAAGGUUUUAUUUUUUAAACACCUCUGCCCCGCACCUCCGCACCUCCACUACAUUCAUAAGGCUCAAAAUGACACAGGUUUCUGAGAUUAUUCUAACGGUUUUAGUGGCAGAUUAACAGAAUUUCUACAUUAUUAAUAGGAAAGAAGAUAUAUUACAUUGUUAAUCUCUUCAGUAAUGGGACGUAUUUUCAUAUUCAUUCUACCAGCUAUUUUGGCGAUUUUAUACAGCUUCAGGUACUUAUGUGGGGAUCAAAAUAAUGAAGACUGUGGCCAUUCAUCUUUUGACCUCCAUACACCCUUCGUAUGGUCAAUAAAAUCGUCUAAUUAUAUCCAGAACUCAAAAGUAAAAAUGCGUCCCAGUACUGAAGGGGUUAAGAGUAAAGAUAUUACUAAGAACCCGGUUAAUCAUAUCAACGUCCUUUAUGAAUAACGGAGAUGAGGUUGUUCAGGUUCUUAAGGAUGAUUUUUCUUCUUUUUUUUUUUCACGGCAGAUGAACAAGUUUUCUACACCGUUAAGAUGAAAGGCACUUAAAAACCUUGCUAAUUUUCUGUGGCCUUUAGAAAUAUUGAAGAUGAGGUUGCUGGAGUUCUCAUUUUAUUAUUAUUAUUUUUCUUUUACUGUUGAACUGGCAGAUAAGCGACAUCUCUACAUCAAUAAGAGGAAUGACUCCUGGCAAAUCAUCUCUGUGGCCUUUGAAGGUAGUGGAGGUGAUGGAGCAAAGCGUUUCAGAACACGAGCCUGAGUGAAGCUGUGUUGUAAGGGUGAGAUCAGAACGAGGUGUUUGGGAUUCAAAGCAUGUGAUGAGACAGGAGGUUAAGAUUCGUACGAAGAAGAGAAUGUUGAAGUAAAAAUGUCUUACUGUUACUACCACCAUUCAGUAAUACCCUUUCUUUUUCUUCCCUUCUCUUCCCUUACCUUCUUCCCUUCCCCUUCUCCUCCUUUCCAUUUCCUUCUCUUUUCCUUUCUCUUACCUUCACUUCAUUUCCUUUUCUUUCCGUUCCUCUCUCUUCCUAUCACAUUUCUUCUCUUUCCUCUCUUCUCUCUUUUCUUUUCUUUUCUCUUCGCUUCUCUUCUCUCUUCUUCUUUCUUUUUCUUUCCCUCUCUUCCAUUCCUUUCCCUUUCCCUCCUUUCACUUCCAUUCCCUCAAUUCCUUCAUUCCCUUCUCUUUUCUUCCCUUCCCUACUUUUCGCUUCAUGCAUUUCACAUUCUCUUUCCCUUCCACUGCCUUACUUUCUCUUCCUUUUCCUUUCCCUUUGUUUACAUUCCAUUCUCUUUCCGUCUCUUCUCUUCCCUUCCCUUCCCUCCUCUCCCUUUUCUUCUUCUUCAAUUCCCCGUCCUUCACCUGUCUCCUUUCCUUUCCCAGCUCUUUCUUAGCUUACCUUACUUUUUCCUUAAUUUCUCUUACUUUUUUUCUUUCCUUCCCUUCGUACUCUCUCCCCUGAACAAGCGUGCUUUCGUGGAAUUCUGAGAGAUAAACAGUGAUCGGGUGAUUAAGGAAAUGAGGUAAUUGCUCCGUGCAGUGAAGUUAAAGUCAGUAAUUAUCAUGAGGUAGAGUGCUGGAAGUUUGGAACCCUUCAGGACGCACGGAGAGAGGCGUCGUGCAAUUCAGCUUAAGAAACAAGAAGGUAUAUUGUUAAAAAUGAGAGUUUGUUUGGCUUUUCAAAUAUGGUGGCUUAUGAAACGUAAAUAUGAGUUAAGAUUCAUGAGAAGAAAUGGGUAAGUGAAUAGAUAUAGAGUUGGAUGAAGAAAGAAUCACGUGAAGAGUAUAAAUUUCAGAUGGAAAAAGAGUAUGAAAAUUAUGUGAUUUCUUGGUAAAAAAAAAAAAAACGAGUUAAAGUUAUGAAAUAUGAUAAAAAAAGAUAAAAGUGUGAUUUUUUGGUAGAAUAAAAAGUAUGAAGAAAAGUCAAGCAAGAGUUAAAUAUGAAAAAUAGAAAGAAAGAGAGAAAGAAAGAAAGGAAAAAAAGAAAGAAAGCUACAUAUACUGAUAAAGAAUGAAUAAAGUAAAGGAAAACAAGAAUUAAACCUGUAAAACACUAUAGAACGGAGAUAAAAAAAAAAUAAAAGUUUGACGUCUGUGAUUUCUCGGUAAAACAAACCAACUAACAAAAAAUUAAGGAAAAAAUAUCAAUCAGAAGUAAAAGAUGCAAAGAAAAAUAAAAGAAAGGAACAUAUACACUGAGAAGGAGUAAACAGAGUAGAGGUUACCGUCAUAAUUCCACAUCCCAUUAUCGAACAUUCCUCCUGCUAUCGAGUCCAAGCGUUGUCUUCGUGAGUGAUGGCAAUAAAACAGUGUGGCUUGUAACGAAAACAGUCCAGUAACAAAACAUACCACUAAUAUGCAUACAUGAUUUUGUACGGAUCCCUGUGUGUUUGUGUAUGUUGUGUAUGUGUUUGUUUAUGUAGGAGUGUUUUUUUUUUUUGUAUAUAUGUGUGUUUGUGUAUGUGUGUGUGUGUUUGUGUAUGUGUGUGUGUUUGUUUAUGUAAGAGUGUUUCUUUUUUUUAUGAAGGGAAAACAGCCAGCCAAGGACAGAAAAAAGAAAAGAUUAGAAAAAAGGCCCACUUGAGUGUUGUCUAAGAGGGAAAAGGUAUAAAGAGUGUAAGUUCUCAAAGAAAAUAUGCCAAAAAAAUGCCAAAAAAAAAAAUUAUAUAACCAAAAGAAUCGUGUGCCUGUAUCUGUAUGUAAUCUUCCAGAGUGUAAUUAUUUAUGAUAUGCAGAUUACCCUUGUUUAUGAUUACUUAUCCUCCGGUUAUGCUUAUUUUUGGUUGUUUAUUGUUAAUGUUCUAACGAAUAAAAGAAUUGUGUGUGUA